UUUGUCAGUAUACGCCGUGCCGUCUUGCCGGCAACACUUAUUCUUAUCGGUGUGAUAGUUCUACGAAUUACCAAUCAUUUAUCUUUAUUUUUUUUAUUCCAAAAAUAUCCACUUAUUUCUAUUAUACACUUUUCAAUAAUUCAGGUUGAGAAUACUAUAUAAAGAAGAAGAAGAAGAAGAAGACGAAGAAGAAGAAGAAGAAGAUUAUAGAUAGGACAAAGAGUUUGAAACGUAUAGAAGAAGAAGGAGAAGGAUUAGGAGUAAGAGUAGGAGGAAGAAGAUCAAGCCCUUGUGUCGAUGCGCGCGAGCGCAAGCGCGCUCAUUUCUUAAAGGUCGACGACUGUAUAUACGGGGGACUACUUACUACCGGUUACUUUUCUUGCCCGCGAAACAUGCACGCGGUCAAAGUGGAAUACACAGAAGAGGCCAACAUGAUGGACUCGGUCCCAACGGUAUCAUCCUCUUCGAGUACAACGACCGCAUCUCAACAGCAACAGCAACAGCAACAGGGAAUACCGUUUGACGAGAACAGUUUUGAACCACAAACGAGGGCAAGAUCAAACACGUGGCCAUUACCAAGGCCUGAAGGAUACGUCGAAGGUAAUGUUGGAGUCGUCGUAGGUGGUGCUGGUGCUAGUGGUGCUUGUGGUACUGGUGCACAAACUGGAAAUGACAUUGGCGGGGAAUCUGGUACACCACCUCAACAAAGUAACCUAGGACAAGGUGCUACUAGUGCUGCUUUAUUUCCUGUUAAGAAGAAUUCAUCGAGAAGAAAUGCAUGGGGUAAUCUAAGCUAUGCCGAUCUGAUCACUCAAGCGAUCACCAGUGCACCCGAACAAAGGCUCACUUUAUCCCAGAUUUACGAAUGGAUGGUCCAGAACGUUCACUAUUUCAAAGACAAGGGUGAUAGUAAUAGUAGCGCCGGUUGGAAGAAUUCCAUAAGACACAACUUGUCGUUGCAUUGCAAAUUCAUGCGAGUGCAGAACGAGGGUACUGGAAAAAGUUCAUGGUGGAUGAUCAAUCAUGAUGCUAAACCAGGAAAAUCACCUCGACGUAGAGCAACGUCGAUGGAAACGAGCAAAUUUGAGAAAAGACGUGGUCGAGUCAAGAAGAAGGUCGAAGCAUUGAGAAAUGGAGUUUUGCAAGCUGAUGCUACACCAAGUCCAAGUAGCAGCGUCAGCGAGAGUUUGGACCUUUUCUCUGACAGUUCACUUCAUCCAAGUGGAUAUCAACUUUCACCGGACUUACGACCUCGAACAUCGAGCAACGCGUCCUCUUCGGGUCGAUUGAGUCCCAUUCCGGCAGGAAGCCAGAUUGGACGCGUCCUUGAGGAACCAGACUGGACGCCAACCUAUGCAUCUUCCUACAGUCCGGAACAGUUAGAUACAAUCUUGGCUGGUAGCCUCGCGGAAACUAUGAAACUAGAAUCCUUUCAAAUGUAUCAAACAUCACCACCAAAUCAUCAGCAACAAGCUGGUCCACCGCCUUCUUAUUUCGAGACACAGUAUCAAAGGACCACCAGUGCACUUCGUAAUGCUGCAUCUUUUGGAUUACCACCUACACCUCAGUCAAGAAACCAACAGAGUUGUCCGAUACAUCGUUUACAAGCUUGCGCUUGUCAAGUGAACCUAAGUCCAGUUUCCGGAAUGUCACCGUCGUAUCAGCAAAGUGAACCAAGCCCAACGACACUCAGUACCAGUCAACAGCAAACUCUUCAAUAUAUGAUUCAAAAUCAACAACGGCAGCAACAACAACAACGACAACAGCAGCAACAACAGCAACAACAACAACAGCAACAGCAACAACAGCAGCAGCAACAACAACAACAGCAACAACAACAAACACAAAAUGGUUCGAGUCCGCCGAACACCCCCACCCCAUGUGAAUCGACACCAAGUACGAUGAUGGGACAAUUAAUGGGUGCCCUUAAUAAUUCGACACUUCUCGACGAUCUCAACAUUAACAUCGAAACGUUGCACGGUGGAUUCGAUUGCAACGUCGAAGAGGUUAUUAAUCACGAAUUGUCGAUGGACGAAACGUUGGAUUUCAAUUUCCAACAAGGUGUAAUGGGUACUGCUGCGAUUCAAGUGAGCGACAGCAAUAUCGGACAAAAUGGUCUCGUUACUCAAAACAAUGGCGUAGUCACGACAACCGGAAAUGCACCCGCGGGAGUUUACAUGAGCACCAAUGCAGCGACUCCCGCGGCACCACCUUCUUGGGUUCACUAGCAGUGGACCCCUUUGCCCUCGACACCACCUUUGUCCUUACCAAUUCCAUCGUCCGAUGGAUGGGAUAAUUAUUGCGGGAUGUCAGAGGGACAACUCGACUGUCCGAUUGUCGAGGAUGCAAGGAUGGAUCGAGCACUUGUGAUAAGAUUUAGACAUAACUAUGUCAGACCACGAAGAUAUACAUACUUCAAAAAUACAACAUUACGUUAGUGCAAUUGUGACGUGAUGAAUAAUUAACGAAAAAGGGCGUGUGUCUAUCUCUUCGACCCUUAUCCUUUCUCCCGUUCCUUUCCCCCAUCAUUUCUACCUGUCUAGUCCUUGUUUAUCAUCUUUAUUGUACAUUCUUCUCUCGAGAAGGAAGUUGGAUACUUCGAUGAAAACACAAAAACAGUGAAGAGAAUAGAUAAGAAGAAUAUGAAAAAUAAAGGACUAGGUUUUGGACAAAAAAGAUCGAUGAAAGAAGAACAACGACAAAAUUUCCUAAAAAAGGAUAAAGGAUAUUUUCUACGAUAUCUCGAUCGAAAUCAAAUCAGUAUCAUCGUACGUUAUUAUCAUCGAUAUAAUAAUAUGUUCGAUUAUUUUUACGAGAAGAGAUAGAGAGAGAGAUUCUGUUCUUUUUUUUUUCUU